AUGGACAAACCGCAGGAAACCAGCAAGCCAAAGCCGGCCCCAAGCCCUCGACCCCCUCCAGGCCUUCACACAUCCAGCGGUCCACCGCCGAACGCCCGCAAAGACGGCCCCAUCUAUGCCUCACCCCAACCGUCCACUCCUCAGGGCCCAUACCAGCCCCGCACACCUGAGAAGCCCUUCUCCAUACAGUCCCGACUCCCACCGCUCUCUACCAAUGAUGAAGACGAUGCUACUGGACCCCAGACACCCCGUACCGGUCGAACCAACCGCUCUAUGCACGCCAGCUCCCAAUCACAAAAUGCGACGCACACCACAGCACACUCCUCCAAGCCUCUAACUCCUGUACAGGCACAACCAGAUGAUGACACGGAAAUGGCCAACACCGGCAACCAACAAGAAGGGCACCCCAGAAGCGCCUCCUCCAAUGAGGACCUGUACCUCAACAACAGACAGGUUGUCACACUCGAUGAAGCCAUCGCCGCCAUGCCCAUCCCAGAUGUUGGCCUUCCACCCGUAUGCCUAAGCGACCCCGACUACCUACACCACAGACAGCUCCGAGAACAGCUUCUCGACUGGGGAGUUCUUCCAGGCUACGUUGUCUUCACCAUCCGCUUCUGCGCUACCUUAUGGACUGAUGAAGGACAGACAGUCUUUCUCCUCGAGCAGACACUCCACGACCUUGGGUUCACCGUCACUCGCGUCGCUGCCCCGUGUGCAGAUGGUCACCAUCGCUCUGAUGGCCCGUUCCUAUAUGCUAUCUACAACCUGUCCCAGCAGGACCACGACACUCUCUUGGACCGCUUCUGCUGGUCCACGGCCCCAUGCACCUUCUUCUGCUGGCCAUCCACACCCCAGCUGCUCCUCACAUACAUCGGCCAAUAUUCUGGGGCUUCAGCACCUAUGAAGAAACUCGCACAACUGCUGGCCUACCUGUUGUCAAUGCACCCCUAUUACGCCGACAUGAAGCGAGAACAGGCUAUCAGACGCCUGCUCCUGACCAUUCAAGUCACAAUACUUCGGAUGUCUGACUCCAAAGGACACACAUCCUGGCCACUUGUCAAUCUCUACAUUGACCCCCUGAUGCUGGACAACUGA